AUGGGGAACAAGCAGUCGCACGCUCAGGGUGAGUUCCGUUACGAUGGCCCCGUCAAUUUCUCCCACGACGAGAAGGUGCCAGUGUUUGAGGAGAAGAAUGGCCUUCUCUUCCGCCUUGUGAACAGCAAGAGUAAGUGCUGGGGCUUCUACAGCGACUCGAAGAAGUACGAGUUCCACGUGAAGGUGACGUUUGGCCCGCAUUCGCGUAACCUCCAGGCGCUAGGCAACACGUACCUCUCCGAGGACCCGGAUGGCGGCUGGGUGGCCAAGACGAUUGUUUACCCGUGCAUGACGGAGCCCUUCAUCCAGGGUGAUGUGGUAGGCUUUACCUCGGUAGUGAACGCCGUGUUGCUGACGACAGAGUACAAGGAGCGCCGCAAGGAGGAGAAGAAGGCGGCCAAGAAGGCUGCGAGGGAGGCUGAGAACGGAGACGAGCUCGGCAGCAACCCGCAAUAG